CCUCUUUCAUCUUCCAUCGAGCACCCACAUUCAAACAGCCCCAUCGAUCACUUUUUUCGACACCAGAUCGGCAUUCUCUGACGCCAGUGCUCAGCUCCCAUGUCUGAUCUCAAGCCUAAGACCGAGAUCUUGUUCGCGGGAAUGUUCGCCAGCAAUGCUUUCAUCGCCUAUGUUGCAGAGAGUAUUGCAGUGGCCUUCAUGUUUCAGUCCCCUCCGCUUCUUUGGGCCAUGCUUCUUAAGUCCCCAUUCGGAAGUGCAUAUUUAGUUGAUAGGCCAAUUAAAUGUUUUGAGAGAGCAGUUGAAAGGUGUCACACGGAUUCACUAUCCAGUAUAGUUGCAUCAUGUUCUUGGGGUAAACAUGUCGCCGUUGGCACAGGAACACCUCUCCAAAUUAUGUGGAGCAAGAAAGAAGUGGCAUCAAAUCUAGAUGUUGUAACAGAUGUGUAUGAUUUCCUCCAUUUGGUAAGCAUUAUUUCUAGUGAAAAAGAAGUAAGCAAUGAAUGUCUAGGUGCAGAUGUUGAUGAAAAAGAAGUAAGCAAUGAAGCAGCCUGUUUAAUCUGAUUAAUCUACUCCCUGGGGAGGUUGGAAAUCAAAUGAUGCAGGAAAUGAGAGGGUUCCAGAUGCUAAAUCCCAAGAUGUAAAUUGUUGGAACCAACCAAAUGAUUCAUCUGCCAAACCACAUGUUUGGGAUAAGGACAAGAUGCAUGGUCAAUCUAAUUCUGUCUGGGGUAGUCAGAACCCAAAGGGUACCCAUACGGAGAGAUCUUUAGAUAUUGGUGGUUGGAAUGAAGACAAAGGACAAGAUGAGUUGAAUCAACCAACAAGAUCUCCUGUUUGGAGUUCUUCCCCUAUUGAGAAGUCUUCAGAUGCCAGCAGUUGGAAAGAAAAUAGAGCACAAGCUUGAUUUCUAUCGACCGACCAGAGCUCCUGGAUGGGGUUCUUCGAGUAGAUUCAUUACACUCAAUAGCAGAAGAGAUGUAGAUUCAUUACACUCAAUUCAGGUAUGGUUUGCACCAAUUCAAGAGACUAUACAUUAGGCAUUCAAUAUAUAAGACUGGAGUGAGACUGAUUAGGCAUUUAAAUGUGUUGCAGGAUGUUGUUUGAAUUACUUGUCCUAACAGGUGCACAAGUUGGGAUGGAUUAAACUUCUAUCUUGAGAAAACGCCAUGAUUUCAGGUAGUUAUUAUUGUAAUGGAAAGUUAAAAAAUUAAAAGAGAGAGAUAAUGAAUUCAUGGAAAGAAAUGUUCUUUAUCAUUAGGUACUAAACUUCAAGUAAUGUAUGAAGUGCUUUAUCCAAGCCUGGAUGCCACACAUGUAUGAAGUGCUUAUUAGAUGUUGUGAAAUAUAAUGCCAACAAUUAGUA